AUGGCGCUCAGCCUGGCGCUGGCCGGGCUGUACUUCCACGCGCCGCGCGCCGCGCUGGCCUGGCUGCCGCUGGUGGCGCUCGUCGCGCACAUGCUGGCCUUCAACCUGGGCCUGGGCUCGCUGCCGCUGGUGGUGGUGACGGAGCUGUUCCGGCCCGAGCUGGUGGCGGCGGCGCUCACGCUCAACGGCCCGCUGGCCGGGCUGGCCUCCUUCGCCGUCAGCCGCUACUUCCCGGCGGCGGUCGACGCCUGGGGAGCCGACGUGUGCUUCUGGUUCUUCGCCGCGUCCUGCGUGCUGGGCCUGCUGCUCAUCCUGCUGCUGCUGCCCGAGACCAAGGACCGGCCGCUGGAGGAGGUGCUGGCCCAGCUGGAGGGCGCGCCCGGCAAGCACUUCGCCGCCGCCGGCGCCGCCACGCCCCUCACGCACUCGCGCGAAUCCCCGCGCACCUCCGGGGUGGACAAGUUCCAGAUAAAAUGA